AAUACUCGUCUGAAGACAAUGUUUACUUUGACUGUAAUUAAUAACAAUUUAUGCAUCCAAUGUUCCCUGGUGAUUAAUGGAAAUUCUUGAAGUGUUCAAUAAUUGAUUUGAUGAUUAAAUGUCAGUUAUUUUCUUAUGGUUAUGAUUUAGACCAUUUCAUCAUCUAAUAAAGUGCUUGAUGUAAGCAGUCAAAGGGACAUAUUGAUGGUAAAGCUUGAGAGCCAACUUGACAGAUGCAUUAAAUUAAUGUUACCUGGUUUGUGUUUUCUUUGUUGAUGUUUUUUUAGUGUCUAAAUGUAACUAUUUUGUCGCAAUUUAAUUGGAUAGAAUCUCUUUGCAUCAACCUGUGAUUUAUUCUGGAUUUUUUGAUAUUUAAUACAAGAUGACAGCAGUCGUGGUAAUGGGUGAAGCACCUGAAUCAGAGGAAGAAGAAAAUGAUGAGAUUGAUUCUCACACCAUUGAAAGCCAAUUUGAUGAAUUUAAUGGUCGACCAGAAACUCCCCCUUCACCAAGUCCUGAUUAUCCUCGUAUUAAACCUUCAAAUGGACAGUUAACUGAUACUCAACCUAAAGUAUUUCCCAUCAAGAAUGAAUCCUUGCCAUCUUCACCUGUUUCAUCAUCAUAUGAUACACUGUUACAUAGAAAAUUGAGGGAAAAGAAUGAAGCUCUUCGAGAAGAACUGGUAAACUUGGCCUGCCAACCUUACUUGAAUGCAACCAAAGAGAUAGAUUCACUUUCCCAGCAGUUGAUUAAAUCUCAAAAGAUGGUUCAACAAGUUUCCAUGACUCUUUCAAAGUUGACCAAAGAUUUGAAAAAUGUUGAGAUUACCCUUGAUACGUACCGACACGAUUCCCAUUUAAUCCCUCAAUUUACAGAUAAUCUAGUCAAAUCUCCGAGAAAGCAGAGGAUAGAGAGUAAAGUUGAUGUUUACCUAUCUGACAAAUUAUCCUCCUCAUCGACAACAACAUGACUUAAACAUGGCGGUACCCGGAAAUACUGUCAUGUAGAUGGCCCUGCCAUCUAUGUUAUCCUAGGUUGUUUCUUC